CUCUCUAUAUAAACCCUCAGCCGCCGGCGCAGAGGACACGCUGUUCUGACAGUUCGAGGUUACUUUUGGUUUUUCUGGUGAAACAAAAACAUGUCGGAAACUGCUCCAGUUGCUCCUGCAGCCCCCGCACCUGCGGAGAAGACACCUGUGAAGAAAAAGGUGAAGAAAGCAGGCGCAAGUGGUGCGAGGCGUAAGGCGGCGGGGCCUCCGGUAUCUGAGCUAAUUACUAAGGCUGUGGCUGCUUCCAAGGAGCGCAGCGGUGUUUCUCUGGUCGCUCUCAAGAAGGCUCUUGCAGCUGCGGGCUACGACGUGGAGAAAAACAAUAGCCGUAUCAAGUUGGGUCUCAAGAGCCUGGUGAGCAAAGGUACUCUGGUGCAGACCAAAGGCACGGGCGCUUCCGGGUCUUUCAAGCUGAAUAAGGCGGCUUCAGGGGAAGCGAAACCCAAGGCGAAGAAGGCAGGCGCGGCCAAGCCCAAAAAGCCCACCGGUGCAGCUAAGAAGCCUAAAAGGGCGACUACCUCCGCCGCCCCAAAAAAGAGCGCCAAGAAGACCCCGAAGAAAGCCAAGAAACCGGCAGCAGCUGCUGGGACCAAGAAAGUGGCUAAGAGUGUAAAGAAAGUUAAGGCAGCCAAACCGAAGAAGGCUGCCAAGAGUCCAGCUAAGGCCAAGGCUCCUAAACCCAAGGCAACCAAGCCUAAGACUGCUAAGCCUAAAGUUACCAAGGCUAAGAAGACAGCCCCUAAGAAGAAGUGAACAGUGGCGGCAAGUUCUACUUUAAAAUUUCAAAGGCUCUUUUCAGAGCCACCCAUGAGCUCAAAUCAAAAGAGCUGAACUGAUGUUUUUUUUUUUUUUUUUUUUUUUUAAGUUACCGCUUAGAUGUGAUUGGCUACCCGAUUUCAACUACGCUGGGCGCGUGCGCUCACACCAAGCUUUUAGGUACAAUAGGCUACUAUCUUUACAAGGGGUUGGCUUUGAAAAGAUUGUGGUGGUAGUGUGCAGAGGUGGUGGUGUAAAAAAUGUUAGGGUGGGAGGCUUGGCCCUGGUGUAGAACCGCUGUUGGCUCAGUGGUCAUAAGCAGCUCCGAGCUUGUUGAACUGGUUACCGGAGACCAGCUACGGGUGGCGCCGAAUGCGCGUCUAGUCGCACUCUGCGUUACCCGCCAACUCCGGGUCUCGGGUCUGGUACAACAGCGCCGCCGCCGGGUACACUGACGCGCGGGUCUGCGCGUACCGAAUAGUUGCCUAUGCGGAGAGGGAGGUGGAUUGGGCCUACUGGGUAUGCGCAGGCCUGUAGAUCUUGCCCUUAGCGCGAGUUUGUUCUCUCUUCCCGCGCCCUGACACGCUACCAAAUAGGCAAUUCUGUGAAUAGACCAAUGGGAGGAAGGGGUCAUUAUGUUCUGUGUAGCUCAGUUUGCUUCCCGGUUGGUUUGCAGAGGCUGUUAGCGUGGCCAAUCGGAACAUACUUUUCAAUUUAUUAGCUUGGUCUUUGGAGAGAAAAUAUUGUACCAAUCAGAGGUUCGGAUAUUAGAAUUUGUAAUUGCUGGGAACAGUCGAAAGGCCUGCACCCUCCCAUCAAAGAAAUCUUUUUAAGAGGACAGAUCGUAGUCAUUAUGCUUAAAUCUGAGUAAUUAUUGCUAUAAAACCUCUGAUCCCAAGGGAUAUUAUAAAAUGUUAAAGGCCCUUUUGGCAGUUUAUUAUCUACCCUCUUUCCGAGAUUGCUUUCUCACAUAAUGAGAGGGUCCAGGGAGCCAGGAUUAGAUGUCCAGCAUCUGUUCCGUGAGUAGGUAAGGGACAAGGAGGGAAAAAAAAAUCUUUCGAGAAUGCUGAAUGGAGCCAGGAAUUGGGAUCACCUGGGAAAGAAAAUGAAUAUUCAGGAAGACAGAGCCUCAAACUGUCAUCCUGGGUAGAAUGCUGUGGCUUUACAGCUCACAGCAACCUCCAACUCCUGGGCUCAAGCGAUUCUGCCUCAGCCUCCCAAGUAGCUGGGACUACAGGCACCUGCUCCAACGCCCGGCCAUCUUUUGGUUGCAGCCGUCAUUGUUGUUUGGCGGCCCGGGCUGGAUUCGAACCCGCCAGCUCAGGUGUAUGUGGCUGGCGCCUUAGCCGCUUGAGCUGCUCAAAGACAUUACUUUUUUAAAGCAUCCUUUUUAGAAGGUACCUAUAGAUUUCCAUAGACUCUCCAGAGUUCAUGGCACAAAACAAGUCAUGAACUCUCUCCUGAGCAGGUCUCCAGCAGGACCAAGUAUCAUUAAGUCCUUAACGAGUAAAAUGUCUUUUCAUCUUACUUCUUCUUCAUUCACCUUACUGUGUAGUACUAUUUUGAAUUUGACAUUCUAUUUAAAAUUCUGGGAAAAAAUGUAGCCUCUGAGUAUCUAGGAAUCACACCUACAUCCCAUAAUUUCUUCUUUCUGGAGAAAGCAACAAAACCCUUUGUCUUUAUGGGAGUGGCUUGGUUGAGAAGAUGUGAAUACGUAAAAGAAUGUGAAAUGCCCACUCAUGAAAAUCUUUUCGAAAAUAACAAAUUGAGUCAUUGAGUGUGUAGGGAUCAUGGUGAAACUCGCCCUUUUCCCUAGAAAGUUCGCUAAAACAUCAACUCACAGUUAAGGCAGAUAAAUAAGAGAAAGGUUUAUUGCCAAAUACCACUCACUUGGAACCACAAGAAUGAUUACCCAAAGUCUAAAAGAUAGUUACUUUUAUAGACGCCUUUUUGAAGGAAGGAGAAGGGGGAGUAGAGGUGAAGCGGUUGCUAGGGAUGAUGGUGAAACAUUGACUUGUAAAUCAACCUGAGAGACAGGUAUUGUGUUUUAAAUGAUUUGGGUCAGCUCAGUAUUCAGGGAGAAAGGAAGUCAGUUGCCCUCUUUGAUCUUCUGAUCAGGUCAGUCCUGUUUUAUGCCAUAGAGGGAAAGCCCUUUCCAAUGCUUUCUGUUUGUGAAUAGCCUUCAAUUAAAAAUAUUCUUUAUGUUAAGUAAUCACCUUUGGGGGUAAAAUUUCCUUAGCUUCUUCAAGUAGGAAAGGUAAGGUAUGUAGGUGAGAGCAAAACUUUUCCUUUGACCUCUGAAGGUUUGUUUAAAAAUCAACUGACAAAGCCUUCUCUGUCUAGAUUCUUCUUUGCCUCUCUGUGCAUACAUUCCUUCCUUCUGGUUUUGGGGCAGGACCUUCUCUGGAAUGGAGGUCUUAUGACAGUGAAAUAAAGUAAGUCUGAUAAUUUUAUGUCUAGCUUUUACACAAAAAGGCAGGGGGAGAGUAAGAUAAUAUUUUUUGGUUUUAUGGUUGGCUUAGAUGAAAUGGGGUUCUGGUUUCUAUGACCUGCUUUGGGGAAGAGGGAUUCUAUUUUCUAUGACCAGUCUCAGGGGAGAAUGUGGAGCCAGAGACAGGAGAGGAGGAGGUCUGCUUCUGAAGGUCUUCUCUGAGUCUCAACUAUGGGAAGAGAUGUGCUAAUUCGUUAGCACCCAUAAUGAGAGUAAGGCUUUUGAUGAAAAAUGAUGAAUAAGAGAUUCAUGUGGGAAUGUAGUAUUUAACAAGAUCUUUCCACAUUACUAUAACAUUUCUCGACUUCCUAAAGGUUUACAAAGCACUUGUGUAACUGCCAGAUAGGCCUCACUACAGCACUUUUCCAUUUGUUAUAAUUAAAAUGUUUGCUUUAAAGUUAAGAGAAGUGUGGAUUAGAAAAGAGAAAUGAUCAGUGUCCACUCUCUUAUCAGGAAAUGGUGGGCCUGAUCUCAAAUAAUUCUUCUUAAAUCAUAGUAUUGAUACCGGAAUUUCGCUCUUCAGUAGGUCCUUGUUCUGGGGGAUUCAAAGAAUGAACCCAUGGACCACAGAUCAGUGGUAAGAUAGGACUUUUAUUAGAAGUUAGAAAGGAAUACCGAAGAAGUAAAAAGCACCAGAGCUUCUGGAAGGGGGAAAGAACUGAAGAACUCCCUCAGGAGUCUCCACAUGGGCUCAUUUAUCUAGGGGUAUUAGCUCUAGAGAAUUACACGUGGUUAGCAGUUGAUAGAUGGAAAACCAUCUCUUCAAAGUUAGUGAGUGCAUUAAGGAAUGAAUGUCCUUCCUCCUCCACUAGGGCGAGGUUAUCAGGUCCUUUACAGUCUUAGUCUCUGAGAGGGGAUUAGGAUGUGUGCUCCUACCCAAGGUGGAACCACCCAAAAACCCUCACAGGCUGCUUUGUUUAUGAUCUUAUUAGAGCCCAGAGGGUGUGUCCCAAAGAAGGCAGUCUGCUUGUGCCUGGUAAUGGGGGUCUGACCUCUGAGCUCACCUGGGCCUAGAGAAUGGGGGCUCCCUGUCUAGCCCUGAGUGGUGGAAUCCUGUAUCAGUAUCAUUCUCUUAGUCUGCUCCCCGUUUAUUACAACAAUAGAAAAAGGGGUAGAAUUCUCUAGUUCCUUUUUAAGCUCCUUGAGAAAGAAGCAGAGUUCAUAUAUUUUAAUUUUAGGCCCAUUGUGAGCUAUUCAUUUCACAAUCCUUUUGGACAACUGAAGCAAUUAAUUACAAUUCAGUCAUUCGCCUUCUAGAGUUUUAUUCUCAUUUACAUAAAUUCAUAUACAUAUUUCUUUGCUUUCAUUGUCAAGGAAAGUCAAACUUGUUUAAAUCUUUGUUUUCCAAAAUUUUUGUGGCAGUUACAUUAAGGGUACAAUGAAUGUUUUAGGAUGAGUAAAGAAGACUUAAUCUUCGCCUGGAAGUUGUGAAGGGCAUUUUCAUAUUGCCUUAGCUGCUAGAGAGUACUUUUGCAGAAGACAUAGGUCUGAAACAAAAUAGAUGUAUAGGACCAGCCUGAAGUCACUACUUUCCUCCUACUUAGUAAUUAAUUUUGCCUGGCUCCUUUUAAGUAGAGGAAGUUGAUUUUCAUGGUACUUAGUGGAGUCCUCUACUAUCCAUGAUGUUGAUUUUUAAAGAGUUCUCCGUAAAUCUGACAUUUUUCCCUUUUUUUUGCAUUCUCUCCUCAUCUGCUCACAUUUGUGGUGAUUCGGCUUCCUAACCAGUUCCUUACCUAGUUUUUCCAGUCUUCAAUUCCUAAAUUCUGGUCAUUCUGCAAAAACAAAAACAAAAAAUAAUUCCUUAUGGGUUACUGGUUUCCCAUUGCCUUAAGUUCAAGUAAAAAUUCUGUAGUUUUUUUUUUUUUUUCCAUAAUACCUUCUGGUCAGAAACAGGCACUAACAACAUAGUCACCUUUCUAUUCCUUUCUUUCUGAUUUUUCUUUUCCUUUUUACAAGUUUGUUCUGCAAAUCCCAUUACUCUACCUAUGAGAAUAUUCCCAAUGUUUCUAAUUUGAUCUUGUUAUGUUUUAAGAAUAAAUUUCUCAAUUCUUGUUAUUAUUUUUAAAAAUAUCUGACAAGAUCAGAAAUACUAAUUUAAAUUUAAAAAUUAUCUUUGGUAAUAUGCUUUCAUACCAUUUAACAGUUUGUUACAUUUAUUAUUAAUAGAAAGAUUUCAAUGCAUCUAUUCUUUUCUCAUUAACUAAACUGUUCUUUGUCUUGUUUCCCAGUACUCUAGGGGUGUGUGUGUACAUUUUUGUGUGUAAAUGACUAAGUUUUUUUUGUUUUAUCAAAUGAAUUACAUUAUUGCUAGAUAUUAAAUUCAGUGAUUUUGUUUUCUGUGUAGGAAACCAAGGAUACUAAAUUUCUCUGCCCCUUGUAUUACCCUUCUAUCCAUUGCUUUAUUUACAGGCUAUCUUCCUUACCUUCUGAAUUAUACCAUUCCAAGGUAUUGGGGGAACUACAAAACAAACAUUAAAAAAAAAAAAGAAAAAAAUAUAUACACAUGUAUAUACACACACACACACACAUAUACACACACCUUUGCGGUAAAAAAUUUAUACCUUUGCAGAAAAAUUUUCAGAUGUAAAAUAUCAAUAUGUGCUGUUGGGAGAUGGGGCAGGAAAGGUAUGGAGAAAUAAUGAAAUAGGAUUUCUGAAUUGUCUUGAUUUUUAGCUGUUAUUUCCGUAAAAUAAAGCUUACUGGUCAUUCAGAGAUUAUAUUCUGCUAUUAAAAUUAUAUGUACUUGCAGGCAACCAGAUAAAUCUGAAAUGGAUAUACAAUAUAAUAUACCAACAGGUACAUAUAAAAUGUGAUCUGGCAAAUGUGUUAGAUUUGUGAUCUUCCCUGACUAAAAUCACAAUUUAAUGGAACACCUAAUAGUAACCAUUACUGUUUCAGGGUAUGCCUUUUAAAAUUAAAAAAAAAAAAAAAAAAUUCCAUGUUUGUGUCUAAUUCUUCAAGACUAUGACUUGAAUGGUAAGCAGAAAGGGUAAUAACUCAAUAUUAAGGUUAUAUUUUUAUAUUCUGUGCAAUUGGUUGUAAUAAUUAUAGUAUGAUACACAUGUAGACCUCAUUAAUUAUCUUGGGCCCUGUAAAUUUUUAAACCCACUCAUUUAUCAUAUACAAAAAAAAAUUAAGAUUGUGCCAGUAUAAACAUCUAGGUCUUUUUUUUGACAGCUUUUCUGGGUAAUAAAGCCUUCAGGAGAAACUGAUGAGGAUAAUGCUGAUGCCAUCCCUAAUGCCUCAUAGGGAUAGGUUUGGCUCUGACAGGUAUCUCUGAAACUUUCUUAGUUUUAUUUUCCUUAUCUAUUAAGAACUAAUACAAUAAUAAGUGUAUGUUAGAUAGUAGAUAACUAUUGACUUUAAAAUUCUGGAGGCUUCAUAAAAUAAUACAUGACUUCUGGCCCACUGCAACCACUCAGUAAGUGUUGAUUUUUUUCCCAUUUGGGGAAAACUACAUAUUAAAAUUACAUACCUUCUAAUCUUUUAUUUUGUAACUAGAAAUGCAAUAAAUGCUAACUCCUACUUGUUCAAUAAUCUUUUAUUUUAAAUGUCAAUUUGACUAGAUAAUUGCUUGAGGGUUUGUUUUAGACAAAGGAUCAUGCUAGUUGUUGGAUUUAAUAAUAUAACAAGAUGCUUUCUGUGCCAAGCCCUUAUGUCUUGAAGUU